GACAAAGACCAAAACACAAGUUCACAACACAAACAGGCUUACUCUUUCUGCACAUCUGCAUUUCAUCCAUCUGAUCUCUCUGUGGUAGUUGCCAUCUUUAGAAAGAUGGCAGAAAAUCAGGGAGUAAGUGCUUUUCCAUUGCCUCCUAUGCAGUAUGUGCAUUUAUAUACAGAUGAAAAUGUAAAGAAAGGGAGGGCACCACCUCCACCUCCAAUUUCUCAGGACAAUUACACUAUGUUUGGGGUACCAUUUAAUGUGGAUGAUCAAAUUAUACAACCAUUAGAAUCUCAAGGAUUCAGAAGACUGCAUCCACAAAGUUUUGACCACAAGAGGGAGCUGAAGAAACUGAAUCACUCAAUUCUGGUCAACUUCCUUGACCUUAUGGAUAUUCUCAUCAAAUCACCAGACUCUCAGAAAAGGACAGAAAAAUUAGAAGAUCUAAAUCUGUUGUUUAUACACAUGCAUCAUUUAAUCAAUGAAUUCAGACCACAUCAAGCAAGAGAAACAUUACGUGUCAUGAUGGAAAAACAGAAAAAACAAAGACACGAAAUAGCAGAAAGAUUUCAGUUACAUUUAGAAAAAGUUAAAGAACUUAUUCAGUCUAGUUUACAAAAUAUCCCUGAUGAUUUAAGUUUCGAUUCUAAAACUUUAGUAAAAACUGAACUGCUCCAGUUCUCAUGUCAGCAGGAAGACGUUAGUGUUAAAUCUGAACCAUGUGACCAACUUGAUCGCAUGAUGUGUGACAUUGUAGAUAGUAUGACUUAAAAUUUAAAUAAACAACAAACAUUUUUGUCA